GCAUUUGCACCAACCCGUUACGGCUCCGCUGGUGCCGUUAUCCGAGUUUGUGUUUAAUUAAAUUUGCUGCGUUGCAUAAAUUGCAGCUAGUUGUUUAGAAUAAGCAAGCGUUCGUACAAUUAAUGUGAUUCAUUGUGUGGGCCCGACUUGUGUUUAUCGUUCGUUAGUUCUAGCGCGCUAUUCAGAUAAGGAAGCGGUCUUUGAAAAAUCGAAGCGGCAAUAAUACUAACCGUGUCUAAAUAAACAAUACACCAAAGCAGUCAACGAGUAUAUCUGAUAAGCCGUAUAACAUUCGAACUUGAUGCGCAAAAGUGCUAACCACUUGGGCACAACAACAAAUUCUUUGUUCUGCAAUAUUUGCAAAAUCGCCGACACAUAUUUAUGGAGGAGUUAUGGUUGUUGCAAUGAGUAAUAUACGCAAAACAGGGAUUUGUGGCGCCAUAUCGACGCCGAUGCUGGUCAUUUUGCUUGCGUUUGCAUGCAGUGUAAGCGCUGGGGAUGACGCAAAUCAGCUGGACUUUUCAACACGCGAUUGUACGCUGACGGAACCCGUCUAUGGCUAUAAGUUUGAUUUUAGCGGCUUACAUUCGGAUUUGGCACAUGUGGUGCGAAGCUUUAGCAAUGAUUCCUUUGAGUUUAACAUAUGCAGCAAUCUGACGCACAGCUGUAACAACGAGAGCAAUGUGGCUGCCUGCCUCAAAAAGCAAGGCAAGGAGUAUGUGCUGGGCCGCCAGCAUGAGCUGCACUAUCACAAUGGUAAAAUGUAUCUCGACUAUUUGAGUGGUGCCAAAUGUGAAAAUGGAACCAACGACAACGACAACUAUCAGCUGCAUGUGCUGCUCAGUUGCGACUACACGCUGGAUGCCAAUCCACUGCAUAUAACGGCUUAUGCUGAAGACAGUUGUUCCUUUUACAUUACCUAUGAGACACCCCUGGCUUGCUUAUCUAUACCGGAUGGGCUUCAGUCCAAUACCUGUAGCGUGAGCUACACAAAUACUGGAGAUACAUUCGAUUUGAUGUCGCUUAGCGAUGUCAACUAUAGAACCUCAGACCGGCAGGGGGGCUUCUUUAUUAUCAAUGUAUGCAAGCCAGUGCUUUAUGGCGAGAACGCCAUGUGCCCAGCCGGCAGCAGCAUUUGCUUGUAUUCGCCCAAGGUCAGCGAUCUAAAGAAACGUUUCAUUAACUUUGGUAAUGUACAGUCGAAGCCCGUCAUUAAAGACGGCCAGCCUUUGUUGCGUCACGAAUCCUCGACGCCGUGUGCAGGCAAUUCUAGCGUUAACUAUACCAGCAUUGUUAAUUUCUACUGCGACAGAAGUGUUAUGAAUGCACAUCCCGAGUUCAUGGGUUCUAGUCAAGAUGGUUGCACCUACCAGUUCAGCUUUUCCACACCUCUGGCCUGCAAGAAUAUCAAACCGUGCACGGCCGUGGCCGCGGGCAAUGAGCUUCUGGACCUGAGUCCGCUCAGUAGCCUCGCGCCGCACAAAUUGACCAAAGAUGGUAAAAUCUACAAUGUGGCCGUAUGCGCUAGCGCUGGUACGCCCUGCAUGGCGAAUGGUGGCGCCUGUUAUGAAGAGAAUGGCGCGACCUAUGGACUGGGCAACUUCAAUUCGCAUUUGCGUUUCAAUCAGAGCGGGUCGCCGUAUUUGCUGUACGAGGAUGGCGUUAACUGCGGAAACGGCAGCCUGCGGUGGUCCACAAAAAUCGAAUUUGUUUGUGCCAACAAUGCAACGAAGGACAAUGGCACCAGCGCCAACAUCGAUGCUGUACAAAUAAUUGAGGACUCCAAUUGUCAGUUGUUAAUUCAAUACAAGACUCAGCACGCCUGCCAACAGCAGAUUAGAUGCAAAGUGAAGGUCUAUGUGGAGCACUCGGAGGAUGGCACCGGUGGCGGUGGCGAAGAACUGGUCGACCUAACCCCCUUGAUUAACGCCAAUGAGAAUUAUGAGGCUCGGGUUGAGCUGCCGGCGAAGCAGCAGCAGCAGUUGCCCAAAAACACAAAGUUCUUUUUGAAUGUGUGCCGUCCAUUAGUGCCGAAAUACCAAUUAGGCUGCGCCGGCGGUUCAGGUGCCUGCAUGGCCAAAAUGUCGGCAGCUGGUGCGCCCGAGGAGGAGCAGAGUCUUGGUUUUCCACUGGUUAGCAUGUCGCCUAUCAACCGCACCAACGCUGAGCUGCUCUACGUGAAAGGUGAUCCUUGCCCCAACGACAAGGCCAUGCAACUCUCCACUCGCAUUCACUUCAGGUGUAACAUGCGCGCGGGUCGCGGUCAGCCGGUGUUGACUUUCAUUGAUGACUGCAACUAUCACUUUGAUUGGGACACGAGUGUGAUUUGCCCGUCGCAUGAUUGUAGCUUUAGUGCGGACACAUGUGAGAUUGUGCAGGAUGAGCUGAACAUGCGUUACAAUGUUAGGAAUGCCUCCUUUACAAAGGGCGGCAAGAUUGAGAUCGACUACAACAAAAGUAAACUGGAGCUAAACAUAUGCGGAUUGGAUCGUAAGGCCAACACGGACUACUCGCAGGAUUUGGUCAACUUGUUCUUCACACACGACCUACCCGGCUGCGGCAAGGAGGGCAAGAUGAAUGUCCAGAUGCGUUUGAUAUGCAGCAACCAAACUGAGAGUUCCAGCAGCAUUACAAACGAUACACAGUGCAGUUUGCUCUAUGUGCAACGCACACCGAGCAUCUGUUCGUUUCUCGGUCUCAGCGUGCCGCCACAGGAUGCCGGAGACCACACCACCACCACCACCACUCCCCCUAGUACAACAACUAGCACCAGCACCACUAGCACGCCGGCGACGGCAACGGGUAAGCCAGCCGAAGCAGCAACAACUGCUGCAACAUUCCCAAUAGUGGCAGCUGUUUCCAGCCCAACGGCCUCCGUGGGCAGUAUCCUGGGCAUUAUCUUGUCGGUGACAUUCUUUGUGGCAUGCGUGGGAAUGUUUGCCUUCUCCCCGGCGCGAAGGCAGCGCGUGCGUCGACUCUUCCGACGAAGCGGCUCAGCGGUGCGAUAUUCCAGGGUACAGUCCAACGAGGAGGCUAAUCUGCUUCUGGAACCGAAUGGAGAGUUUACCGAAAGCGAUGAUGAUAUGUUACUUUAGAAGGCUACACCGAGACACAAGGUUGUGGCACGUACUGAUUGCUAUAGAAAGUUAACCAAGUGACAUAGACAAAAUUAAAAUUUUUAAAAAAAGACAUGAGAAAUCCCAAAGUGAGGAACGUUUAACACCAAAGACCGAAAACGCAACUGAUUGUGAAUUAAAAACUGAUAGUAGACAAGUAAUGAAUUGUGUUGAUGAAAGCUAUUAUGUACUUACUUAUGUACAAUACGUCUGGAUGACAACGACAAACAUACAAACCCAAUUUAAUGGAACUAUUAAUGUAUAUGCCUAAACAAUAUUAUAUAUUUUAUAUACCUGCACUUCAAAUAUGUAAAGGCAAAACCCCAAUAAGGCCCCGUAGCCACAAACUUUACUAUAUAUACACACACACACACAUAUAUAUAUAUAUAUAUAUAUAUGUAGCUAAUUGCUAAUAGAGAAUUGCAUGCGACAAUUGAUUUAACUCUUAAAGUAUUUUUCCAAGCAACAUUACUUUUAGUUAUGUGUAAGCAAACCCUUUUCCUGUUUUAAGCAUUCAACUGCGGGCUUAUAUUUGACAUCUUCAAAUCAAUACUGCGGUAAAA